CGGAACCUGCAAGCGGAGCGGAAGUGCGGCUCCGCGAGUGUGCCUCAGAGUGCCGCUAUGGGACCUCCCGGAGGAAAGAUCAAUCGUCCCCGCACGGAGCUGAAGAAGAAGUUAUUCAAGCGCCGGAGGGUGCUGAGCAGGGAUCGGCGAAGGAAGCGCCAGGUGGUCGGGGCUGUGAUAGACGAAGGGCUGACUACAAGGCACCACCUCAAGAAGCGGGCAUCCAGUGCACGUGCCAACAUCACCCUGUCCGGGAAGAAGCGCAGGAAACUCCUGCAGCAAAUCCGCCUUGCUCAGAAAGAAAAAGCCGCCAUGGAAGUGGAAAACCCCUCCAAGUCAUCCAGGACUAGUGAGCCACAGCCCAAAAGACAAAAGAAGAUGAAAGUUCCCCAGGAUGUAGAUAUGGAGGACCUGAGAGAUGAGAGCUAAGCCCCUACCUCUGCUAUGAGAAGAUUCUCAACAACAGCCAGAGGAUUUGGAGGACUUUGGAGAAAAUACUACCAUAUUUUACCCAGACACCCUUGAAUGGCCCACUGACCUUCCCUGGAGUUACAUAUUGGGAGGGAAGAAGACACAGAAAAAGACUGGAGAGGUCCCGCUCUAGCAACCAACUCCUUUUGUAAUAAAGCCCUGGAGCUUUAACUAACGUGUGAUGAAGUGCACGAAUGGGGAUGGGCCGGAUAAGAAGGCCUUUGAGAGACAGUCCAGAAGCAGGACACACAGCGUGCUUGAGCAAAGCAGUAAGAAACUAGGUAUUGCAGCGUGUGGUGGUGCUCACUUUUAAUCCCGGCACUUUGAGGCAGAGGCAGGUGGAUUUCUGUUCUAGGCUAGCUUGUUCCUGGUCAGCCAGGGCUACAUGGUAAAAACCUAUCUCAAAAAGAAACUCGGUAGCUUCUAAAGUGGUCCCCAUCAUUCUAUACAGUAACACUCCCAAUUUUCCAUUUUUGAAAAUUAGAGGUUAUUGGAUGAUAGGUGGGGAGACAAGGAAUCUGCCACUAUACCUGUGUGACCUGGGAUUAUAGUAAGGACAAUUUUUUUUAAACUGGUGAUGGUGGUGGUUCUGGGAGACAAACACAGGGCCCCAUCCAUUCUAGGCUUUCUUUGUGCCAUCUAUAUCCUGAGCACCUGUAUGUCUCUAUUUCUCUAUUAGCCUUCAUGCAGUGGGGAGACAGGGUCUCCCUUAUAUAGCCCAGGUCUGUUUUGAACAUGUGAUCCCUCUGCUUCUGCCUCCACAGUGCUGGGAUUAUGGGUAUGAGACAUGCCCAGCCCCCUUUCCUAACUUGCUUUUACCAUUGCAAACAUCUAAAUAGAUGGAGGGCUUGUCACCAAGCCCAACAACCUGAGUUCCAUCCCUGUGACCUUAACAGUGGAAGGAGAGCCAACUCUCCGAAGUUGUCCUCUGGCUUCCAUGCUUGCAUUUUGGCAAGCAUGGUCCCCCAUAUAUAUAGUACAUGUAACAACAAAGCACAACCAAACACAUUAAAAAAAUUAGACAUGGACUUACAGCACUUCUCCGAUUUUCCAUUCCUUCUCUACUAAGUAUCGGUAACAGACUAUUCUAUGUGUUUGAGGUUUUUGCUUGCAUGAAUGUGCCAGCAUUUGCAUUGUGCAUGCCUAGUGUCUGCAAAGGCCAGAAGAGGCUGUUGGAUCCACUGGAACUGGAGUGAGCUGCCAUGUAGGUGCUGGGAGCUGAACCUGCGUUUCUGAGAGAGCACCAAGUGUUCUUACCACUGAACCAUCACUCCUACUCCACAGACAACUUUUUCCUUUCUUUUUUUUAGAUUUAUGGGUAUGAAUACUUUGCCUGCAUAGAUGUAUGUGCACUAUGUGCCCAAGGAGGCCAGAAGCUCACCUGGAAUUGGAAUUAUAAUUGAGAGCUGCCAUGUGUAUGCUGGCAAUUGAACCCUAGUCCUCUCAGCUCUCCAU